GAGGGCAGUGAUGUGGCCAAUGCAGUCCUAGAUGGAGCAGACUGCAUCAUGCUGUCUGGAGAGACCGCCAAAGGGGACUACCCUCUGGAAGCCGUUCGCAUGCAGCACCUGAUUGCCCGUGAGGCAGAGGCUGCCAUCUACCACCUGCAGUUAUUCGAGGAACUCCGCCGUCUGGCGCCUAUCACCAGCGACCCCACAGAAGCUGCUGCCGUGGGUGCUGUGGAGGCCUCUUUCAAGUGCUGCAGUGGGGCCAUUAUCGUGCUCACCAAGUCUGGCAGGAGUGCUCACCAGGUGGCCAGGUACCGCCCGCGUGCGCCCAUCAUUGCUGUGACGCGCAAUCCCCAGACAGCUCGCCAGGCCCAUUUGUACCGAGGCAUCUUCCCUGUGCUGUGUAAGGAUGCAGUGCAGGACGCCUGGGCUGAGGAUGUAGACCUCCGUGUGAAUUUGGCCAUGAAUGUUGGCAAGGCCCGAGGCUUCUUCAAGAAGGGAGAUGUGGUCAUUGUGCUGACUGGGUGGUGCCCUGGCUCUGGCUUCACCAACACCAUGCGUGUAGUGCCUGUGCCUUGAUGGCCCUCUGGAGCC